UUUGUGGGCAAUUAUGAUGUAAAAUGAGGUAUCAUAUAUGAAAAACAUAUAUAAUUAGCCUAGUUGAUUUGUUAUGAAUUCUGGCACCUGCAGCUAUGGACUGGGAGAAGUCACUGAACCGAUCCAGGGUCAACUCUUCUACUCCAGCCUCUUCUUUAUCUCCAUCCAUGUCUGACUCUUCAUCCACCUUCUCCUCCUCCCCGUUCUCGGCCCCUUCCUUUUCUGGCCUGGACCUCCUGUCCGACCUGAAGCCCAUCUUCAUUCCUCUCUACUCUGCCGUGGUGCUGGUCGCCUGCUCCAGCAAACUCCUCCUGCUCUUUCUUAUCUGGCACAACAAGAAAAGACACAACACCACAAACUUUCUCAUCAGCAAUCUGGCACUGGUCGAUCUGGUCAUGUGCAUUUUCUGCGUCCCUUUGACUGCAUCUUAUGCUUUUGACCAGCGUGGAUGGGUGUUUGGUCCCCGCAUGUGUCAUUUUGUCAUGGUCAUGCAGUCUGCAGCUGUCUACGCAGCGGUCCUGUCCCUCAUGGCCAUCGCGGUGGAUCGAUACGUGGUUGUGGCUUAUCCCAUUCGCAAAAGAGCAGGGUGCCAGUUCUGCUGGGGUCUGGUGGUCCUGAUCUGGUUGUCCUCUUUGGCUUUAUCCACACCUACAGCACUUCACACCGCCCACCUGGACCUGCGGCCUGCGGGGCUGCAGAUGACCGUGUGUGAGGAGUUCUGGGAUGGCCAGGAGCGAGGCCGCCUCAUCUACUCCUGUUUCAUUCUAUUCUUCUCCUACUUUCUCCCACUGGCUGCGGUCUCCAUUUCCUACUGUGCUAUAACCCAUCAUCUGAAGCAGAGGACUACGUCAGGCUUGACGGCGUGUGAAGAGUUGAGAUCUGCAAGGGCUGCAUGGAGCAGACGGAGGAGGAAGACCUUCUACCUGCUGCUGGUGUCCGUCCUCUGUUUUGCUUUCUCGUGGCUUCCCUUACAGGUGGUGAAUCUGAUCCGUGACCUGGACACGGACUUCUCUAUCUUAGGAAAGAAUUACGUGAACAUCAUCCAGGUGUCAACUCACCUGCUCGCCAUGAGCUCCACCUGCUACAACCCUUUUAUUUACGCCUCAUUGCACGACAAGUUCCUGUCCUACCUGUGCCACAACUUCCUGUCCCGCAGGAGAAGAAAAGGAAAGGACAGGGGUCAAUUGUCAAGCAUCCUGACAAUGUCACACAGAGUGCAGCGCCUUCACACCUCCAUGACUGUGGCAGAUUUAUCAGGUGCUGUUGUAAAUAAAGUCUACGCUUAAA